AUGGUUGCUACGCAGGAUCAAGGCCGAGCACAGCUUGAAGCCGGUUUGCAUCGACAAGCGAGGUCCUCCGGGUGGCACCUGCUUGAAUGUCCGGACUUUCUUCAAAUCGGAGACUGGCGGCUUGCUGCAGAGAACUUCAACACCUUCACCGUGGCGCACAUCGGUGGACAGGUUGUGAACUUUGUGGCGCCGAGCUUGCUUCAAACCAACGCGUCUGUGGCUGCGGUGGAUUGCACGAAUGCCAACUCGAAGUACGAGCCGGUGGAUAUGCCGGGUCAGGGCAGGUGGAGUUCGCAAUUUGCAACGCUGGCAAGACUGUCCGUACAGAUGUGCACAGGUGAUCGGCUGUCGGCAUUUCAGCUUUUGGUCGGAUGGCGGCUGCCACUUUCAGGACGGCUCGGCGUACUUGACACCUGA